ACAACAAAAAUGAAAUAUAAUUAAAUUUUAAUUUCAACUACGCUUUGCUCGCGCAAGAAAUCGAAAUUUGCAGUCAAACCAAACUCUGGUGACUCAAGUCAGUUGAAGCAAUUGUGAAAGAAGUUUCUUGAAUCUUGGUUUAUCCCUGCAAAGAAAUUAGAAUUUCUUCAAUUAGCUGUCUUCGCGGAGCUUUACUACUUCAGCUAUCCCGAAUUUCAGUUGGUUUAGAGAGCCAAUGUCGCAAGGGUAUGCUAUUGAACUUUACUUUGAUCCCGCCCUCGAGAAUCAGGUCUUGAAAGCAUGGAAUGUAUUGGCUCGGAGGCAGAUCAGCACUCAGUUGAUUGAGAUUGAAUCCAGGCCCCACAUUACUUUGUUCACAAGCCCUUUUGUUGACAUUGCUAAGCUAGAGAAUGUGUUGAGAAACUUUGCUGCAAAGCAAGAGCCUUUGGCUGUGUCCUUCUCCUCAAUCGGGAGCUUCCCCAGCGACAACAAUGUCUUGUUUCUCGGCCCAACCCCGUCUCUGUCUCUCCUCCAAUUUCACUCCCAAUUGUGUGAUGCAAUGAAGAAAGAAGGUGUUGAAGUUGGAGAUGAGCAGCGCCCGGAUACAUGGAUACCUUACUGUUCCGUGGCUGAGGAAGUCCCAAAGACUCGUAUGGCUGAGGCUUUUACUGUCCUGCGUGAUCUGAAGAUGCCGGUCAGUGGAUAUGCGGUGGAGGUUUCGUUGGUUGAGUACUCACCCGUCCGUGAACUCUUCUCUUUCACUCUGGGUACGCAUCAUAUCAGUGAGAUUUGAGGCUGUCUCUUCUGCUGCUGUUGAAUUAGGUUUUACAUUUACAUGUCGUAGAAGGAUGGCCCUUAUAAGUUGAACUGCAGUUAUGUGAACAUUGUGUUGUAACAUAUUGUCUCAUCAAUCAAGAACUAUCUCAAUGUUAUGGAUAUCUUUUGAGAGUUUUGUCUGCA